AUGCAAUUAUUGAUUAAUCAUGGAUUAGAAGUAAACAAAAUCAAAAAGAAAGGAUUCUUCAAAAAACAAUUGAUUGAACAUUACUCAGUAGAAACAUUAAAUACAUUGCUAAACAAAUAUCCAAACUUCUUCAAUGAGGUUAACGAUAAUCAAUUAAUGCUAUUUUUUGCUAUUCAAGGGGAUUCUAUUGAAAAGGUGCAGUUUUUGAUUGAACACAAUGAUCAUUCAUCUAUUGAUUCAUCAUUAUUAACAGAAGCAUAUAAAUCAAGAUGCUAUUCUAGUGGCGCUACAUUAUUCAAAUUAAUUCUCAAACUGUUAAAACCAGAUCAAUUAAAUGAUGAAAUCAUUGAAAUGGCUGUUGAAAAGAUGAUUGAAAAGAAUUCCAUUGAAAUUUUAGAUAUUUUAGAAGAAAUUGGAUGCUUUGUUCAAUUAUAG